AUGUCCAACGCAGCGGAACGCCAGCCUGAGAUCGUCGAUGACGAUUUCGAGGACCCCGCCGACCAAGGUACCUACGAAAUGGCGGAUUCUGAUGAGCAACUUGCUCGUGAUGAGGACGACGCCAUUGACAAGUCCAACAUCACAACCGAGGGUCUCCGCCACGCCAAGCCUCAGAGCAGCACUGGCUACAAGCAGCCCGGGGAGGAUGACUUGCCUGAGGAAGUUUAG